AUGCCGGCUAUUUCCUUGACCCCCUCGUCCGUCUCGUCGAGGACUGUGGUGUCUGCGGACCAGUUCAAGAUACAGCCUCAGUUUGAAGAGGCUAUUUUUCAGACUCUUCGCGAAGUUCAAGGCUUUCACGAGCUUGUUGUUACGGACCUACCUCAAGGGUGGGAGGGUUUUCUCUGGGAAGUCGAAGAGUCUCUUCCCCUCAUCAGAAAAACCCACGACCCAACAAGCCGUACUUUGCGACUUAAGAUCAUGCCAACUUAUACCCACAAUUGCGUCGCUGAAUGGAUUUCAUCCUCGAUCUCUAGAGCUUCUGCGACAGGAUUUCUAAACCUAGCGGAGCUAGAUCUUCUCCUUCUCCAAUCGGGCACAUUACUUUCUUUUGUCAAUGGUUCAUAUCGCGGUCUCCGAAAAGAGCCCGAUGCGCUUAUCCAUACCCCAUCCCAGCCUUUUCCAACCCUUGUCGCGGAAGUAGGAUGGGCUGAGUCUUACGAAGACCUCUUGGAUGACAUGAAUAAGUUGCUUGUUGGCGGUAAUGGAGCUAUCAAGAUCGUCCUUCUUGUGAAAUGGACAAGGCAUUCAAACAAUUCGGUCACCGGAGUUCUCGAACUCUACCGGAAUGACCGACAAGGGAUUCCGCAACUCAGACAGACUGAGGUGAUUUUCCCACAGCCAGCCGGCAACCCUCCCCAACCUUUGGACAUUCAAAGAUGCGACCUCUACCCUGCCCGCCCUCCUAGGAAUCCCAACGAGCAUUUUCCUCUACUCGUAAACCGCUUACGCUACCAUGCUCAGAUCAGCCUUACUAGACAGGGAUACGUGCCUGCUUAG